GUGCUGACCCCAGCCCAGAUCAAAUCAAUUUGUCAGGCCAUCCUGGACUCUGGGAAACAGUAUGCCAUGAAAAAGAGGAAGCCAUUCCCACUGAUGUAUUCUUACUAUGGAACCGAAUACUUGGGAGCAGCUCAUGGCCUAUCGUCCAUCCUCCAGAUGCUUCUUUCUUACCAUGAGCACCUCAAGCCCUCGGACCAGGAGCUGGUGUGGCAGAGCGUGGACUUCCUUAUGGAGCAGGAACAGAACUGCAACUGGCCCCCUGAACUCGGCGAGGCCAUUGAGAGGGAGAAUGAGCUGGUGCACUGGUGCCACGGCGCCCCAGGAAUUGCCUAUCUGUUUGCCAAAGCUUAUCUGGUUUCCAAGAAACCACAGUACCUGGACACAUGUAUCCGGUGUGGGGAACUCACAUGGCAAAAGGGCUUGCUAAAGAAGGGCCCAGGGAUCUGCCACGGGGUGGCUGGCAGUGCCUAUGUCUUCCUGCUGCUCUACCGGCUCACCGGAAACUCUAAAUACAUCUACCGAGCCCAAAGGUUUGCUGAAUUUUUAUUUACGGAGGAAUUCAAGGCUGGUUCCCGGGUCCUUGAAAGUAUAUACAGCUUGUAUGAAGGCUUCUCUGGGACCGUGUGCUUUCUGAUCGAUCUGCUGCAGCCCAAUCAGGCUGAGUUCCCUCUCUUCAGCGUCUUUGUUUAGAAGGCUCCAUGUUCCAUCAUGGCCCUGCAGAAGGUUCGCGAGAUUUCCUGAGCCUACUACCUGAGGCAGUUUCCACAUAAGCCACAUUCAAUGGUAUCACAACCAUGAGCCUUAACAUUGCCGCCAGAAGGAAGGAAGGGAGCAGGCAGGUGAAGAAGGCAACAUGAUUCCAGGUUGAAGGGAGAACAGUGUGAGAACAUGCAAACAUAAAGACACCACAACUCUUCUAAAACCCUUAGGGAUGGAACAGUUCAGGAAAUGGAUGCGACACCAAAGAUCAGAGGAAAAAAUCAUCUGUCUCCUUAAACCAACAUUGAGAUGUGGAUUAUGGCAAUGAAAUGCUAAAAAUACUUUUGCAAUUGGAAAGAGAAUUUGACCACUUGUGGGUGCCCUCCACCCCUAAAUUCAGAAAUAAAGACUAUCAGAAAACUAAA